CUGAAGGAAUGCUGGUAGCACGAUCAGUGAUUACGUAGUAUCCACCACUCUUUGGACGCAGAAGCCGCCAGAUAUUUACCUGAGAAAUGUUUCCGUUGGUUCUCCUCUUCCUGAAUGCUCUGACCCUGACCUUGGGUCUUGACAACGGCCUGGCCUUGACCCCUCCCAUGGGCUGGUUGGACUGGGAGAGAUUCCGGUGUAAUAUAGACUGUGUUAAUGAUCCAGAGAACUGUAUCGGCGAGCUGUUGUUCAGACAGACAGCGGACAGGAUGGCGUCUGACGGAUGGCUGGAGGCGGGAUACGAGUACCUCGUCGUGGACGACUGCUGGGAAGCUCAUACCCGCGACAGUGACGGUCGUCUCUACGCCAACAAGACACGGUUCCCUAACGGCAUGAAAGCGCUCGCAGAUUAUGUUCAUUCUAAGGGAUUAAAGUUCGGCAUUCACCAAGACUUUGGUCAUUUGACGUGCAGCCAUUACCCAGGCAGCGAGUUCUACCUUCAGACAGAUGCCCAGACCUUUGCAGACUGGGGCGUGGACUUUGUUAAAAUGGACGGAUGCAACGCCGACCUCGGCGACUACGACUAUGGUUAUCCUAUUUUUGGGAUGUAUUUGAACAAAACUGGCCGACCUAUGAUCUACUCCUGUGAAUGGCCAAAUUAUGAAUCACUGAAAGGCAAGACUCCUGACUUCGCAGCUAUCCGCCGCACGUGCAACACGUGGAGGAACUACAGGGACAUGCAAGACGGCUGGGACAGUCUUUUUAAUACGAUACAGUUCUUCGACAAGGACGUGGGUAACUUCAGUCAGUACGCAGGGCCUGGAGGCUGGAACGACCCCGACAUGCUGGUUCUGGGCAACUUCGGGUUGAGUCCGGACAUGGAGAGGACACAGAUGGCCAUGUGGGCGAUACUGGCGGCACCACUCCUCAUGUCGACGGAUCUCCGGGACAUUCGGAACAGCUCCAGGGAUAUUCUACAAAACAGGAGGCUGAUUGCUAUCAACCAGGACAAGAUGGGUGUCCAGGGAAAGAAAAUCAUGACGAUUGGUCCUGUUGACGUGUGGACACGCCCCCUUCUCCCUACCGGUAGUGUGGGCAUUGUAUUCUUCCACAGUGACAUCCUCACCCAUGGGUAUAAGUACCCCUGGAUCACCACCGUCCAGGCUCAAUCCCUAGGGCUCACGUUGUCCAAGGGCUACAACUUGAUGGACCCCUUUGAUGGCAGCUCUAAGGGCACAGUUAAACCAUCAGACAAUAUCAAAGUCAGAGUGCACCCUUCAGGUGUCAUUAUGUAUGUGGCUACACCAGUUUCGUGACUUUAAAGGAAA